CGAACCAGCCACACAAUUGGGGUAUCACCACUUGCUGUAGACUGCUGGAAUAGGGACCCCCCCGUUGCUUAUUCUUCGAUGUCAGAGAGUCUAGGCUUCACCUUAUCUGUAUUAGUCCUGGCACCGGCGGAUCAACGGGGACAAAACGGAUAAGGAGCUGUAUAAGGUGAUCGGCUGGGCCAAGUCGGGACCGGCGUACGCCACGACUAGGUGAUCGAGGAUAACAAAGAGAAGGCCGAAGGGUCAAGAACGGAAAUUCUAAGCAGAUAGUUCUUCCCCGCAGCAGCAGAACUGCAGAGGAUAUUGGGUGGUGGCGGUAGUGGUGCGUGAACGGUUGGUAUGGUGUGAAUGCUGUUUACUUGGCAUAUUAAAAUAUAAGACGCCCCUACGGCCCCGAUUAGAAUUGGCAUCCCGUCUCACUCUUAUUAUGCGACUCAUCCCGCCCGGUAUCUGCGUAGCUGUUGUCGCUAUCCUUACCUGUCCCGUAUCUUCCUUCUCAUGGCGUCCCGGGAUGCCGUGUUGGCCUCUCUGGCCUCCCAGAAGGACUUUCUUCCCGCUAUAACUCCGUAUAAUAUUCUCAUCGUCCUCGGCUGCGGCUGGAUAGUCUACCAACUCCUCCGGACCGCGUGGAACAUCUCUCCCUUCCACCCUCUCAGCCACAUCCCGGGUCCGAAGCUGGCCGCCGCCACGUAUCUCCCCGAGUUCUGGUAUGACGCGGUCAAGUUCGGCCAUUAUACCAAGGAGAUCAAGCGGAUGCAUGAUAGAUAUGGCCCUAUAGUCCGCAUAAGCCCUGAUGAGGUGCACUGCAACGAUGCCCGGUUCAUCGACGAGAUCUACGCCGCGGGUGGCCGCAAGCGCGACAAGCCCAAGCACCAAGUUAAUGGCGUAGCCAUGAGCCAAUCUAGCUUUGGAACGUCGGACCACGACCGCCACCGGCUGCGGCGUGGGCCGCUCGCCAAGUUCUUCUCGCGGAGCCAGAUUGCGCGACUCGAGCCCAAGGUCCAGGGGCUUGCGGUGCGGUUGUGCGAGCGGCUCCUGGCACGAGCUGGCGACCCGGAGCCCUUCGACGUAACCAUGGCCUACAGCUGCUUCACUUCCGACGUCGUCUCUGAUUACUGCUUCGGCAAGGGCUUCGGCUUCCUCGCGCGCGACAAUUCCGCCAGCUGGGAGCCGAACUUCCGCCGCCCGCUCAGUUCCCUCCUCCGGAAUGUGUUCGUCUUUCGCUUCUUCCCCUUCCUCAAUCAUAUAUCCUUCUUGAGCGCCUGGUUCUCCAACUACUUGCCUAAGGAUGUCGCCUUAUUUAUCCGGACUUUAAACGUCGAUAUACCGGCCCAAAUCAAGCACGCCGGUGCCGAGAAGGCUGCCACGGAUGCGCAGCUGACCGUCUUCGGCGAGCUGCUGGCGUCGGACCUGCCACCGCACGAGAAGUCACUGCGGCGGUUGACGGACGAGGCGGCGUCGGUUCUCGGUGGCGGCACCGAGACGGGUAGCUGGACGCUCGCCGUCAUCACGUACUUCCUGCUGACGCAGCCUGGCACGCUGGCGCGGCUGACUGCGGAGCUGCGGGCCGCCUUCGGUGACUUUUCCCCUAGAGACGGGGGUGACGGGUUAGAGCUGCCCUCGUGGACGGCGCUUGAGCGUCUACCCUACCUCGGCGCCGUCGUGCAGGAGGGCCUCCGCCUCUCGUACGGCGUGUCGGCACGCACGGCUCGGGUGGCGACCGACGAGGACCUGGUGUACCGCGGAUCGUGGGCAACACCAUCUUCCGGAGAUCUCGGUGACGGGGUUAGGGAUGGAGACGACGAGGGCAGAAAAUGCGCCGUUGCCCUCGAGUAUAAGAUCCCGCGUGGCUACGCGAUCGGCAUGUCGCCCGUCAUCACGCACCACGACGAAGCGCUGUUCCCAGAUUCGUACGCGUUCGCGCCCGAGCGGUGGCUUGAUGCCAACCUAAAGGAGCGGCGGCGCGAGCCUGAGCGAUACCUCCUAUCGUUCUCGAAGGGGAGCCGGGCGUGCCCGGGGUUGAAUCUCGCCCUCUGUGAGCUGCACCUUGCGCUAGCGGCGCUAACGCUGCGUGUCUUCCCGCGCAUGCGCCUAUUCGAGACGACGGAGGCAGACGUCCGCUACGACCAUGACAUGUUCGUGCCGCUGCCGAAGGACGGCAGCAAGGGCGUUCGGGUGGUUAUCAUGUAACGGGAGGAGAGUCAGACUUCGUCGGCGAAAGAUGUGGGGGAGAGAUCGUCGUCCAGGAGGUAGAUACCGGGACGCACCAUAUUUACUGGUUUUGAGGAGCCCUUUAGCGAGUGAUUAGGGGCACGUAUGGAGGCG